AUGAGUUCAACAACUGAAACAACAUCAUUUGAUCCAUGUUCUGGAUGUGAAAUACCAUGUUCAAAACAUGCUUGUUAUCCAUCUGAAAUUGCAAAAGAAAUUGAUCAAGGUAAUAUGAUUGGUUCAGUUGAAAAACAUCGUCGUCAUUUAUGUAUUGGUCAAUCAAUUCCACCAUCACAAUGGCCAAAAGAUAUAAAUGAUUUACAAGGUGAUUAUAUUGCAGAAUUAUCUCGAGUUUUAAAAGAAAAAAAAGAUUCUAUUGGUUAUUCUAUUAAAUUAUCAUCAGCAUCAGUUGUUACAACAACAACAACAGAUGAUCCAUCACAUAUAGCUGAUUGGUAUGUUUUUCCUGAUCAAAUUAAAAUAACUAAUGUUAAUAUUAAACAAAUUGAACAAAUUAUACAAACAUUAUUUGUUGAUGAUCAAUCAGUUAUUAAAAUUAAAGAUAAAACAAAAACAAUAGAAGAACAACUUAAAGAAAAUAAUAAUUUACCUUCUUUUGAUGAUAAUAUUAGAUGUGAAAGAUUACAUGGACUUUGGUUACUUGUUUGUUGUCAUUAUCAACGUGAUCAACGAUGUGGAGUCAUUGGACCAAUGAUAGUUGAUGAAAUAGAAAAAUAUGUUCGUGAAGCAGAUCUUAUUGAUAAAGUUCAUUGGUUAAAAGUCAGUCAUCUGGGUGGUCAUAAAUUUGCUGGAAAUGUUAUUGUUUAUCCAUCUGGUGCAUGGUAUGGUCGUGUUUUAACAUGUCAUAUUCCAGUAUUAAUCGAUGCAUAUAGAUCAUCAUCGGAAGAUUUAAAAUCAAAAUUAAAACCUCUUUAUCGUGGACAUUUAGAUACGACUUGGUAA